AUGCUCAUCUUUGGGAACGAGUCUGCCAACGACAGUGAUGGCUGGAACGAGACGGAACUCCCCAUCAACGUGUCCAAUGUCACGGCGGCCAUCAAUGUCUCGGAAGAUCUGCUUGAAGAUGACAAUGAGUCCACCGAGCUGGAUGGCAACCUGUCAGAUGCGACCGAAGAGAACGUGACGGAGGCGUGGAACAGCAGUGGCUUGGACCAGAAUGGGCCGUGCAAUCUGGAACUGGGGCUUUUGUCGAGAAUGUUACAUUCGCGGCAGAAGCACCUUUGCAUUCCUAUGCAUCUAGAAGAUGUUUGGAGCGCCAUACUCGACAAAGUACACUGGGCUCCAUACAUUUACGUAACCUUUGCAUUUUCCUUGUCGUGA